AUGACCACGUUCGAUGAAGCCGCCGAAAAUGUGAAGAAGCUGAAGGUUUCACCUAGCAAUGAAGAACUCCUCGAGACGUACGCCCUCUUCAAGCAAGGCACCGUCGGUGACAACACCACCGCCAAGCCGGGCAUGCUCGACUUCAAGGGAAAAGCCAAGUGGUCGGCAUGGGACGCAAAGAAAGGGCUGAACGGUGAAGACGCCAAGAAGCAAUACAUCGCCCACGUCGAGAAGCUCAUCGAAAAAUACGGCGUCAAC